AUGGGGCAGCUAUGUCAACGCCGUGCUGCCAUCCCUGCGGCUAGCGUAGCGGUACCUGCCGCACAAGCGGAUACCGCCACUGUGACAAAGAAGCACGAUCCCAAACGCUAUGCCAACGACUAUUCCAGGUUUGAUCACAUCGAGGAUUCAGAUGAGGAGAAGGAAACAAAGGCUGACGAUCCGCCGCCAGAGCCGAUGCAUCCAGAUGAACCGAACAACCCCACGGAGGAGCAGCGCAAGGAGUUGCGGCUGAAGUUCAUGAAGCUGAGUCGCAAGAUGAUCAAAGAUACCACUGGAAGUCUGACAGAAACCCAGGAACGGCCCAAGCCUGCGAGACUGCCCAAGGAUCAUAUGAAGGUGGUGGGCACCAUAGAUUUGCAACAGUUAGCCAAGUAUUCCUGCAGCAAUGACCGUAUGCUGCUCUCCUGCUAUGGUGACAUCUUUGAUGUGUCCAGCCGCCCAGAUCUCUAUGGCUGGGGUCCCAAAUCAUGGCAAGCUGGGAAGGAUAUCACCUGGUCAGUGGUCACGGGAAAGGAGAAGCCGGACCAGUGCAACCGCUUCUAUGAUGUCUUCAAACUGGAUCCUGAUCACAUCAGCCGUUACCUCACCUUGAUCUGCAACCGCUUGGUCACGUUGCAAGAUGAAUUUGGAAAGCCAGUGGGUCGACUGGAUAAGUUUCUGAAUGAACGACACUUCCCAGCAGCCCCGCAAGAAGAAAUUGAAGAAUGCAAACAGCAGUGA